GAUCCAAUUCAUCGAAAUUCCCGCGGUCGGCAAAAAUCAGGAAUCCAAUGAAAUUUGUUUUCAAGAGAAACAGGCCAUGGAAAAAUUGGCGGGCACUCGAAGCAAAUUCAAAAAAAGGUGCAAAGCAAACCCUACCUUCCCAAUUGCUUUCCUCCUUCCCCCUCUCCAGCCCCCUCCCCGACCCUCAUAUUUGCUGUGUCACUGUCAACCUCAAAUUCAUAUUUUCUCUCUCUAGAAUUUCUGCUAUCAACUCUCUGAGUCUUUAUUGGGAUUCUUCGUGGUUUCUACUUGCCGCCUUCUUUCGCGUUUUAUUGAUAGCUGUGUUUCAGGAUAGGUUGAUGAUAAUUUAAGAGGAGUAAGGUCUUAUAGUUAGGGCAACAUCAAUCCAAGGCGUACAAAGUAAAAAGCAUGGGGAAAGCGUCUCCGCAAGAGAAGGAUGGGAAGAGAAGUAAACAAACCAGACCAUUUCCCAACUCAAACAAGUAUCUGAAACCAGGUGCUCUCGCUCAGCUUCGAUCCGACAAGUCGUCCACUGUCAAGUCUUAUAGGAAUUUUAGAAAGAAAAGAGUGGCGAUCUUGCAUUCAAGGAAAACAGAGAAUAGUGUGGCAUCUGAAAACAAAGUACAUGAUAAAAGCCCUUUGAUGUUAUCACCUGUGAAUUUGGCCAAACAAAAUUAUUUGUCUGCUACGCCGAAGACUCCUCGAAUUGAAGAUUGCCAAUCAGAUUCAAGGCUUGAGUCUCUUCCCAUGGAUUUAUUGGUCAAAAUAUUGUGCCAUUUGCACCAUGACCAACUGAAGGCAGUCUUCCAUGUUUCUCAGAGGAUUAGAAAAGCAGUUUUGAUUGCAAGGCAAUUCCACUUCAAUUAUACCACCCCAGAUCGCUCCCGCCAGGAAAUGUUAUGUACAACGACUCCUUGUCCCUCUGAGCAUUGGCCUUUUCUGUGCAAGGGCGAUGGGAAGGGUAUGAAGAUUUCAAGUCCGCAUGCGCCUAAAGCACCCAGACAUGGACCACGACCACCUUCUCGCCUAAAAGUUUCCGAGAUGCGGCAGGUUGCAGUUGUCCUUUUCAAGGAGUCAGCAUUCCCUUCUCGAUGUAUGAUGCCAUCAGUUUUACCAAAACCCCUAUCCAAAAGCUUGGCUUCUAAUCGAGUUCUGUUCUAUGAGGAUGAAUUAUGUCAGGCUGUUGCUCAGAAUAAACUUCGCUGAUGUAAUCCUGCUAUAUAUACAUACAAAUCUUUUUCAUCGCCUCAUGCUUUUCUACUGUGUAUAGUUUCCCUGGCUCUAGUUUCUACAAGCAGUAGCAGUAAGAAUAACAAUAAUCCAAUAUUUGUGUAUAGUUGCUUUAUCCUAGUUUCUUUUGUGGCCUUUUGGUUGGGGUGUAUAUUUCAAAGGUCUAAAAUGAGGAAGGUUAUGAAAUAGACGUGGGGUUACUUUAUAUGUUAUCAAUACUUGUGUAUGUCAAAA